GAGAGCAGCCGACCCCUGCUUGCUCCUCAGUCUCUGUCGCCGCUGUGAAAAUCGUCGUCGGCCACAUUUGCUCUCGGAAAGUGAUUCAAAAUGACAAUGAAACUGGCUUAUUGGGAUAUUCGUGGGCUUGCUCAGCCAAUCCGCCUGCUGAUGGAGUACACUGGCACCAAGUAUGAAGACAAGUUUUAUGUCUGUGGUGAAGCUCCCAACUUUGAUAAGAGCUGCUGGUUUGAUGAAAAACCAAACCUUGGAAUGGACUUUCCCAAUCUGCCCUACUUGGAGGAUGGAGACAGAAAGAUAGUGCAGAGCAACGCUAUCCUGAGAUACAUCGCUCGUAAGCACAAUAUGUGCGGAGAGACCGAGGACGAGAAGGUUCGCGUCGACAUCAUGGAGAACCAGGCCAUGGACUUCAGAAACGGCUUUGUGAGGAUGUGCUACACAGACUUAGACAGGAUAAAGCCAGGCUACCUUGAGAUGCUGCCAGGCGUACUGAAGCAGUUCUCAAAUUUCUUGGGCGACAGGAAGUGGUUUGCUGGUGACAAGAUCACUUUUGUGGACUUCCUUAUGUACGAGCUGCUGGAUCAACACAGGAUGUUUCAUCCCACAUGUCUGGAUGACUUCAAGAACCUCAAAGAUUUUUUAGACCGUUUUGAGGCUCUGGAGAAGAUUGCUGCCUACAUGAAGUCAAACAGAUUCAUGAAGACUCCUGUCAACAACAAGAUGGCCAAAUGGGGAAACAAGAAAGAGUAAAGAACAACGUAUAAAACAUUAGAGAAGUUAUAGAAAAGUCACAAAUGCAACUGAGUCAGUAUCUUGUAAAUUCAGGACUAGAGAAAAGUUUUCCUGUACCAUAUUUGUCUUUUUAUAAACUGUUGUUUGUCCUUAAAUCAUGUUAUACUCCCAAAACAUUUACAUGCCGACUCUAAAACCAGUUUUAGUUCCAUCAUAAUUGUAUAAAAAAAGUAGCAAGUUUGUACUGAUAUUAUGAAGAAACUUUAAUUUGACUUAAAGCACUUAAUUUACUUGUAACAUUUGAAACAUUUUUUUUUGACAGAUUAAAGUAAAUCUUGUUCUGACUGUA